UUAUAACACACGGGGCGCGCGCACUCACUUUAAUUUCAAAGGGUGAAGCUGACGUCACGGCAGCUCCAAAGAAGUCUAUAGAAAAAGAGAGAGCGCAACAUCUCCGGCCGUCGUUCUGUCGUGAGAGGGCAAGUGAGGAUUAGGAUGGUCAUCAGAGUAUACAUCGCGUCCUCGUCCGGAUCUGUGGCGGUGAAGAAACGUCAGCAGGCCAUUGUGGGCUUUCUGGAGGCCAACCGGAUUAGCUUUGAGGAGGUUGACAUCACCAUGCUGGAGGAUCAGAGGCUCUGGAUGUACCAGAAAAUUCCAGACGAAAAACGACCUGAAAAAGGCAAUCCUCUGCCCCCUCAGAUCUUCAAUGGAGAGGACUACUGUGGUGAUUAUGAAGAUUUCUUCCAGUCUAAAGAGACGAACACAGUGUUCUCAUUCCUCCGUUUGCCCUCUGUGAAGGACUCUGAAUCCUAGACUUUAUUGCUGACAUUUCCAUAGACUGAAACACUGUGCUAUUGCCUCUUUCUCCUGUCGCGUACCUCUCGUCCCCGACUGAAGCCCUCACUGCCAGCGAUGCUUUUGCCAAACACACGCUGCCCUCCAGCUUUCUCCAUUCAAAAACACACACACACGCACAGGGUGGUCAAUAUUUUCUAUGCCUAAUUAAAUAUUUAUAUGUGUUGCUGUUAUUACUUUGUUUCAUUUGUUGUACAUCUGUUGCAUGAAAAGCAUAGUUUGCUUUUUAUAACACAAUACAGGGAUUGAAGAUUGAGUUUAUAGAUGCGUGGUAGAGUUGUGCCGUAAUUAAUACAUGAAGUUCUGAAUGUGUUGUAAAUUGUUUUUGUUAAAGUGAUAGUGCACUCCUAAAUAAUGAACAUUUACUCAGCACCCAGCAAGACAAUUUGUGUUUAAUAGACAUCUAAAUGUAGACAGCUUGGCUAAAACAAAAGCUUAACAUGGGCUGUCAGUGAAAAUCUAAAAGACAUCUAAGAAUAGCCCAAAACUAGACUAGUCGUCAAAUAGACAGAUCAUACAGAGUUUAUAUGUGUAGUCAUUCAUUCUUAGACCUAAGACCGAUUCUUAGAGGCGUAUUCUUAGACAUCUAUUAUAUUUUUCACUGACAGGCCAAAUUUGGCCUUGUUUUAGCCAGGCUCUCUACAUUUAGACAUCUAUUAAGACAUCAAAAAUUGCUUCCUGGGCAUUUAAAUCAUAGUUCAAAACCUCUAUGAUAUAUAGUUUAUUUUUCUGUCGAACACAAAAGAAGAUGUUUUGAAGAAUAUUGGCAACUGGUAGGCCUUGAAAACAAUAGUAGGAACAAAUAUAGCCUACUAGAAUUUUCAUUUUUGGUGGAACUAUCACUUAAAGGAGCUCAACAGACAGGAAAUGUAAGGAAACAGCAAAAGAAUCUGGUUUAAUAUUGUUUUUUCUGCAUCCUUUGAUCUAUUUAAGUAAAAAUAACUUCAGAAAUGGCUUCAUAACAGGAAAUAUAAUCCUGACCUGCAUGAAGAUGUGUUUCCACGCCUCAUCAUGUGUACUGCUCCUGAAUCAGUAUUUGAUGUCAAAACCUACAGCCUUCAUUCCUGUGGAAAGAAAAAAAACUUAAUAACUCAAAUGUCCAGGAUCUCUCAGUCUUGUCUUCUUAAAGUGUCUGUUAAAGUGUUUUUCUUCUCAGGGGUAUGUUAGCAUGUAGCAUGUAGCACACUGUGAACUUUCAGCUCAUUAUCAAACGAUGCUGAGGUGAAUAUUUAUGUUUUGUUUACACACAGUACUCAUUAUAUUUAACAUUCCUUGUUAGAAAUCCCCUGAAACGAAUCACAGACACGCUCUCAAACCUACUUUUCACGUAUUGUUCAUUAUAUCGCGCCUUGCUUCGUUUCUCCCACACUUUCAUUAAAUGAUUCCACAUGAACGAGCACCGCGCUUAUGUUUACGCGCACAUACACACCAUUCUCAGGACACAAUGAUGUUUUAUGCCCCUUUUUCCUCUCACUUAUUGUGAAAUGCAAUCAAUAAUUUCUCUAUGUACGUUAUUGUUUACUUUCCAAAUCUAAAUGAAUAUAUUUAAAAAAAACAAAAGCUAAUUUGUAAUAAAGUAUAUUCGAAAGUUU